UAACCUGAUAAUGAUAAUAUUACUAACUAUCACCAGAUGGGACCUUUCUUGUUUUUCACCCUGUAUAUACCCUAUAAGGAUGAGGCUAGGAAUAGAAUAAAAUUGAAAUGCUAAAAGGAAGGUAAAUUGAAUACAUAUAUACCAUAUUGCCAUGAUCAUUUUAAAUUCUUUUAACUAUUUAGGUCAGUGAUUGGGUCAAUGACCCAUACAGCAUUAUCUAUGAUUGCUGUGGCAGUUGUUGCACCACGAGUCAUGGAUCACUGUGACACAAUUCGUUGCUCUUUUGACGUUUUGACGUGUGCACCCGGUGCCGAUAGCAAGUAUAGCAUGCUAGCAUUAAUUGAGGUCGUUCACGGUCAUUAACUGUCUCUACCCGUUUUAUAAUGCAUAUUCGGAUAAUGCCUUUGAAUAUCCUUAAGUGUUGAAUGAUCAGUCAUAUGACUUCGAAAAGUAAAGAUCUGUUAGAGAUCGGGAACGUAAAGCUAUCUUAGCUAGUUAGCUAAAGUACCGGGUACAGUAGACAGCGGAUGCCCGAAGAAAAAGGAUGCAUUUAGCCGAUUUCGUCGCUGGGUCCGUCGGAGGAGCGUUUGGAGUUGCUGUUGGAUAUCCUCUAGACACAGUGAAGGUGAGGAUACAAACGCAAAGGAAGUUCACGGGAAUCUGGCACUGCAUCCGCACUACAUCCAAGACAGAAGGGGUAAAUGGCUUCUACAAGGGUAUGUCCAUGCCGGUCACCACAGUGUCCAUCAGCUCCUCGGUGGUGUUUGGUACCUACAGGAACGUUCUCCAGUGUCUCCGUCAGCUUCGCAACUCCAGGCCAGACGCUCCUAAUGCCAAGCUGGACAUCUUCCUGUCAGGAAUGGCUGGGGGGGUUGCCCAGGUGUCGGUGAUGUCUCCAGCUGACAUGGUGAAGGUGCGUCUCCAGUGUCAGAUGGUUCCCUACCAGGGCUCAGAUGCCCAGAAGCCUAAGUACCGUGGACCAGUGCACUGUCUGCUGACCAUCGUCAGAGAGGAGGGGGUCCUGGGGCUGUAUAAGGGGGCCCAGGCCCUGGCCCUGAGGGAUGGUCCCUCUUUUGCCACCUACUUCCUCACUUACAACCUCAUCUGUGAACAACUUUCACCUCCCGGCACCAGCCGGCCAGAGUGGGGGGUGGUGUUGCUGGCAGGCGGGCUGUCAGGGAUGUGUGGUUGGUGCAUCGGCACCCCCAUGGACUUGAUCAAGGCCCGCCUGCAGAUGGACGGGAUGGGUGAGCGGAGGUACAGGGGCUUCUUUCACUGCAUCUCCCACAGCGUCCGCACCGAGGGCCCGGGGGUCCUGUUUAAAGGCCUGACCCUUAACUGCAUACGAGCUUUCCCCGUCAACAUGUCCGUCUUCGCCAUGUACGAGGUGGUCAUCCGACUGCUGCGCACCGCACCAUAGGCCGUCGUGAAGUUCAGAGACCUUAUCUAAAUUGAACAGAGAUUGAUUGAGAGGAGGUUCUCCCCUUUUUUAAGUUAAGGGGAAAGGGGGGCCG